UCCCAAAUCAAUUUAGGACCUUUUGCUCCCCGUCCCAUUUGCGAACAACUUCGGCGUUCUCUCUGGAAAUCAAUCACCAGGAGAAAAUUAAAGAAAAAUUCGAAAGAGCAGCAAGCCCUAGAGUGGCCAUUCUCCGCGGUUAAAGCCACCGAUUCGGUGUUAGUUAUAGAAUGGGUCGGAAAGUUGGUACGGUGUAUAUAAAUCCAAAGAAAUUUGGGACUUUUCACAAACCUUGCAUGAAGGAAAUGAUAGCAUUUCUCAACUGCAUGGCUACUAACCAGCUCUGUGAUGAUAAGUGUGUAAAGCAGAAGGAACUUUUGGGUACUUGUAUGGAGGCUCAGAGCAACAAAAACCGAAAGUCAAUGGGAAGCAUCAAUUAUCACUUGCAGAGGCUGAGUAGGGGACGGAAGUAGUUUGGUUUUGCAGGGGACAUCGUUUAAAUUGAUGCAUGAUUAUUUGGAGUCAUCAGUAACAGAGGCUUAGCAUGGAGAUUGUUUCUAUUGCAACACCAGAGAAUGUUCACGUAUAAUUUCCCUGUUUGAUUCAAUAGGUAUGGGAAGUUCUGGACAUAAUAUUUUUGAAAAUUUCUGUUGCAGCUUAAUUCGGUUUUAGGAAAUUUUCCAUUAAUUUGUAAACCUAAUUCUUUGCCUCGGUAGAAUGAAGGCUUAAUUUAUCUUUAUUUUUUAAUAAAUGCUGUUACCAACA